AUGGCCAACAGGGGACCUGCUUAUGGACUGAGCUGGGAGGUGCAGCAGAAAAUUGAGAAACAGUAUGAUGCUGACCUGGAACAGAUCCUCAUUCAAUGGAUUACCACACAGUGCCGCAGAGAUGUUCGGCGGCCCCAGCCUGGGCGAGAGAAUUUCCAAAAUUGGCUCAAGGAUGGCACGGGGCUGUGUGAGCUCAUCAAUGGGCUAUACCCUGAAGGCCAGGGCCCAGUAAAGAAGAUCCAGGCUUCAGCCAUGGCCUUCAAACAGAUGGAACAGAUUUCUCAGUUCCUACAGACAGCAGAGCGCUAUGGCAUCAAUGCCACUGAUAUCUUCCAAACUGUGGAUCUCUGGGAAGGAAAGAAUAUGGCCUGUGUGCAGCGGACACUGAUGAACCUUGGUGGUCUGGCAGUGGCCAGGGGUGAUGGGUUCUUCUCUGGAGACCCUAACUGGUUCCCUAAGAAAUCCAAGGAGAAUCCUCGAAACUUCACAGAUAACCAGCUACAGGAAGGCAAGAACGUCAUCGGGCUGCAAAUGGGCACCAACCAUGGGGCAUCUCAGGCGGGCAUGACUGGUUAUGGGAUGCCACGCCAGAUCCUCUGA